AUGGGGAACCGCAGCGCUGUUCCGAUUAAGGAUGAUCAUCCCCAACCAGCCGGAGCUGGUAGAGUACAAACCAACAUCAACAACGUGCCGCCGUCUGAAGAAAACUCCUCUUCAUCGAAUCGGCACAAACGAUGGCCUCCGCAGCCAUCGAACAUCCCCCGUCCUCUCUCCGUCACUGGGCGCGUCCUCGGACGUCCGAUUGAAGAUGUGCGAUCCACAUACGUUUUUGGGCGAGAGCUUGGGCGAGGUCAGUUUGGGGUUACCUAUCUAGUCACGCACAAAGAAACCAAACAGCAAUUCGCUUGUAAGUCGAUAGCUACUCGUAAGCUGGUGAAUCGUGAUGAUGUCGAGGACGUCCGCAGGGAGGUGCAGAUCAUGCACCACCUGACUGGCCACCGUAACAUUGUGGAGUUGAAAGGGGCUUUCGAAGAUCGACACUCGGUAAACUUAGUGAUGGAGCUCUGUGCAGGUGGAGAGCUCUUCGAUCGAAUCAUUUCCAAGGGGCAUUACUCGGAGCGAGCUGCCGCUGCAUUGUGUCGGCAGAUGCUCACUGUUGUUCAUUACUGCCACUCCAUGGGGGUGAUGCACCGGGAUCUUAAACCGGAGAAUUUUCUUUUCCUGAGCCCUGAUGAGGACUCACCGUUGAAGGCAACGGAUUUUGGCUUAUCAGUCUUCUUCAAGCCUGGGCAAGUGUUCAAAGACCUUGUUGGAAGUGCAUAUUAUGUGGCUCCAGAAGUGUUGAAAAGAAAUUAUGGAGCUGAGGCUGAUAUUUGGAGUGCCGGUGUGAUACUUUACAUUCUUCUUAGCGGAGUCCCACCUUUUUGGGGAGAGAAUGAGCAGGGUAUUUUUGAUGCUAUUCUACGGGGGCAUAUGGAUUUCUCAUCUGAUCCUUGGCCUUCCAUAUCCAGCAGUGCCAAAGAUCUUGUGAAGAAGAUGCUACGGUCUGAUCCUAAGGAACGGCUUUCUGCAGUUGAAGUUCUAAACCACCCAUGGAUGAGAGAAGAUGGAGAUGCAUCUGACAAACCAAUCGAUAUUGCUGUCUUAACUAGAAUGAAGCAGUUCAGGGCAAUGAACAAACUGAAAAAAGUAGCAUUGAAGGUGAUUGCAGAAAAUCUCUCUGAAGAGGAGAUCGUGGGGUUGAAAGAGAUGUUCAAAUCCAUUGACACUGAUAACAGUGGAACUCUCACUUUUGAAGAAAUGAAAGCAGGUCUUCCAAAACUUGGUACCAAGAUUUCUGAGUCUGAAGUGAGGCAAUUGAUGGAAGCGGCUGAUGUUGAUGGAAAUGGGACCAUUGACUAUAUUGAGUUCAUAACAGCUACAAUGCAUAUGAAUAGACUGGAGAAAGAAGACCAUCUUUAUAAAGCCUUCGAGUAUUUUGAUGAGGACAAGAGCGGGUACAUCACUAUGGAGGAAUUGGAGCAAGCCCUGAAGAAGUAUAACAUGGGUGACGAGAAAACUAUAAAAGAGAUCAUUGCAGAAGUUGACACAGAUCAUGAUGGAAGAAUUAACUAUGAAGAAUUUGUAGCCAUGAUGAGAAAAGGGAAUCCUGAGUUGGUCACUAACAGACGUCGCAAAAACUUUAUAACUUAGUCAGUUUUUGCUUUGGUGGUGCUUACACUCAAUCUACAGUAUCCCAGCUUUCACAAAGAAGGAAAACUAAAAGUUUUGGGUCGUAAGAGUUGAUGACCAUGGAGGAUUAUGAUGAGAGAUAAUAUAGGAUGUAUUCUUGCGUUCAUUUCAUGAUCAUGUUCGCAUGUUUAUCCCACAUCUGUGUGACUCUCUUUUUCUUCAUUUUCUAGGCUAAUUUUGUUUGUUGUAACACAACUAGGGUUUACCCAACAAGAAAUAUAAUCUUUGAAAAAAAUGUAAAAAGGGCUUGUUGAAUUUUGUCCCUUUGUUCCAGUUUGGGCUAUAUUAAGAACUUGCAGCGUUUGGGAA